UAAGCAGCCUUAUUUUCAUUAGGGAGAUCGAACUUGAUGCUCCACUCCCGCGCACGCGAUAUCGUUUGAUUAUUUGAUAUUAUUUGAUUAUUUAAUAUUUGUGCUAUAAUGGAUAAAAAGCUGUGUGUCGUAUUUGUUGCAAUUAUUGCUGUUGCUCAAGGUGUGCAGCAACAGUCCAAUUACGACCUCAGCCGAAACAGACUCGGCUCCGGGAAUGGUUUCAGCCUAAGAGACAUAGCGGCUUUUUUCCUAGGCGGCUACGGACAGUACAACCCGGACUACCCUCAGUACCCGAACACCGGUCCGGGGCUCUACCCCAGCGGGCCCGGGUACCCGGGACAGUACCCUGGGAGCUCCUACCCGGGUAAACCCGGGUUGGCUCCCCCGGGCGCGCACCCGGGUUGCCCGUUGUGUGACUCGUCGGUGUAUAGCUACUGUUCGUAUAAGGAGGCGCAUGAUGCUUGCUGCUGCGAGAGGGAUUCUGGAUACAGCUACAACUGCCGCAAAGUCGACUGCAAGUACCUGUACGCGAACUCGUGCCAGGAGUACAACCUGAUCUCCAGCUGCUGCUGCGUGGACGUGAAGAGCGCCGGCGCCGUGCCCGUCGUACCGGUCGCUGUCGUUGGAUAGACUCCCUUAUAAAGGGGCCCACUGAAGACCAGUCCGCUGGGCAACGGAAUGUUAGUUGAAAGUAAAAAGUGACAGCGUUCAGCAUACUGGUCUUCAGUGGGCAGCUAAUUGUAAUACUGUUCGGUUCGGCGGGGAGUGUAAUAGCGCUCUGUGCUCGCCCGCGUCCACCCUAUGCAUCGUCGACUCAUGAUUCGACAUUUGUAUGAGCUUCAAUAGGCGAGACGACUAAAAAAAGUAAUUAGUCCGUCAGUUAGAUUAUCAAAGAAUUUUAGACACUUAUUUUUUCUUUUUUCUCGUAAACGAAGGGUCACGACGGUACGGUGCGUUGAAGUUUCGCGUGACGUCACGCCUAGGUACAAUUUUUACAUAGAAGUGACGUCACAAGCCCCCACUCCGGGACUUUGAUGCUCUGUAUCUUUCUAUUUUUUCGUUGAUUAGAAAGAGCGAAAAGUAUGUGUUCAGUAUUUUUGUUACGAUCUAACUGACGGACUAAACAGAAUUCCAUUUUUUUAUGUAGUCGUCAAUUGUUAGACAACUAACAUAAGCGUGCACUCAGGCCUUACCUACCUUGCCUACAUUAAUUCUUGUAUCUUAGUCGUAAUAAACAUGCCUGCUACAUGCGCCAUGUGCAAGAGCCACAGCCACAGUUGUAAAUAAAACUGUCCAAUCAGAUGAAUUUAAAGUAGUUCUCCAGUGUUUAAGUCAGCGAAGUAAUAUGUGCAAUUGUGCAUCUCAUUUAUUUCACUUUGGAAUCUAUUCUAUCCGACGAACGUGUGUGUAGAAUGUCUUCCUUCAUUAGAAAUUAGUGCAACUAUAGCAAUUGUAAUUAAUUUAAACAACUUAAGAAAUUUUUUGUCGUUUUAUAAUAACACUUGAUAAUCAAAACUUAUUUUGUAUCUCCCCCUACAAUUUUGAACUUGAUUGCAAAAUGAUAUGGUUGAAAUCUUGUAAUACUAUGCCCGUCAGUGUUUACAUGAACAUUAUUCGUAUCUUAAUGGUAUUUACGUUACAGGGUACAGUUUUGAUUGUUAACUGAAUGUAAAAUAAGGUACAUAAUAAAAUAAAACAACAAAACUUUGGCUUACUCAUUUAUGCACCUCUAAAAUUAAGAGUACCACUGGUACUACGCACUGUUGUAGAAAAUCCGACACAGCCGGCUAUCAAAAUUCAACUUUAUCGUUAUAACGAGUCAAAAUUCGCUUGGGUUGAGAAUCUCACAGAUAUACCUAGGCGCAUUACCAGGACUAUCACAGUAAAUCGCGUACAAUACUCCUAUUGAAAAUAAUACAUACGAUGCUCGGUCACGCCCAUAUCUAGUACAAACAUGAGAAAUCUACCUACUGGGACACUCGGACCUACUAGAAUACAGCUUUGAAAAAUCUUGUAUUAAUAUUGAAUUCCAUUUUACAAAAUAAAUCAUGCAUUAUUCUUCAUACAAUACAGUAACUGCCUUUUUAACCUUUUCACCACUAAGUCAUAAACAAAAGUAGGUACA